UCCCGACACCCCUGAAAGCACCGUUUGACAGCAUCCCAGAAUCCUCUGCACCAGGAAGUGUUCUGCCGGAGACGUCUCUCGCAGCUUUGUUUUGACGAUGAUGGAGGAGGAAGAAUUUGAGUUGGCGGAGGAUUUGGAGUCGAUUCUGCAUCUCACCCCGGAGGUGCAGCUCGCCAUUGAGCAGGUCUUUCCCAGUCAGGACCCUCUGGACAGAGCAGACUUCAAUGCUGUGGAGUACAUCAACACACUGUUCCCCACCGAGCAGGUGAUCGUCCACUGUCACACACACAACUACAGUUACACACUCACACUGAUCAUUGUUUAUAACAUGAGACUGACAGCUUUGGAGGAGGCCCAGAUUGCCAUCCAACAAUUGUUUGGCAAAAUCAAAGACAUCAAGGACAAGGCAGAGAAGUCCGAACAAAUGGUUAAGGAGAUUACGCGCGACAUAAAGCAGUUGGACCAUGCCAAGCGCCACCUAACUACAUCCAUCACCACCCUCAACCACCUGCACAUGUUGGCAGGGGGCGUGGACUCUUUGGAAGCCAUGACCAGAAAGAGGCAGUAUGGUGAAGUUGCCAACUUGCUGCAGGGAGUGGUCAAUGUACUGGAACAUUUCCACAAGUACAUGGGCAUUCCCCAGAUCAGACAGCUUUCUGAGAGAGUGAAAGCAGCACAGAGUGAGUUGGGGACUCAGAUACUGGCAGAUUUUGAAGAAGCCUUCCCCUCCCAGGGCUCCAAGAGAACAGGUGGUCCCAGUAAUGUGCUGAGAGACGCCUGCCUGGUUGCCAACGUGCUGGACCCACGCAUCAAACAAGAGAUCAUCAAAAAGUUCAUCAGGCAGCACCUCUCAGAGUACCUGGUGCUCUUCCAGGAAAACCAAGAUGUUGCUUGGCUGGACAAGAUCGAUCGCCGCUAUGCCUGGAUCAAACGGCAGCUGGUGGACUAUGAGGAGAAAUAUGGACGCAUGUUUCCUGAAGAAUGGUGCAUGACUGAGCGGAUUGCUGUGGAAUUCUGCCACAUCACCAGGGUGGAGCUAGCCAAAGUGAUGCGGACACGAGCUAAAGAGAUUGAGGUGAAACUGCUUCUGUUUGCCAUUCAGAGGACCACAAACUUUGAGGGUUUACUGGCCAAACGCUUCACAGGAUGCACCUUGACUGACAUACCUGGACAAAAGAGACCAGAAAGCCCUCUUGAACCUACUAACCCCUUCCUGGAGGACGAGCCAGGUGAGGAUGUGGAUCUAGCCAAGCCCAGGAAGCCCAAAGCUCCAGACAACCCUUUCCACGGCAUUGUCUCCAAGUGUUUCGAACCUCAUCUAUAUGUCUACAUAGAGUCCCAGGACAAGAACCUAGGCGAGCUGAUCGACCGUUUUGUGGCCGACUUCCGAGCACAAGGCCCACCCAAGGUGGGCGCGGAGGAAGGCGGAGCGGUUCUGCCCAGCUGUGCUGACCUCUUUGUCUAUUACAAGAAGUGCAUGGUGCAGUGCUCACAGCUGAGCACCGGAGAACCAAUGAUUGCCCUCACAACUAUCUUCCAGAAAUUCCUGAGGGAGUACGCCUGGAAGAUCCUCUCUGGAAACCUACCAAAGUCCAGCAGUAACAGUGGCGGUCUAACUAUCAGCAGUCUACUGAAGGAGAAAGAGUUCUCAGAUGCUGCAAAGUUCACUGUAGAUGAGCUCUGUCUGAUCUGUAGCAUCCUUAGCACUGCGGAGUACUGUUUGGCUACCACACAACAGUUGGAAGAGAAGCUGAAGGAAAAAGUAGAUAAAGUCCUGGUGGAGAGAAUUAAUUUGACUGGAGAGAUGGAUACAUUCAGCACUGUGAUCUCAAACAGUAUUCAGCUACUAGUUCAAGAUCUGGAUGCUGCCUGUGACCCUGCUCUCACUGCUAUGAGCAAGAUGCCGUGGCAGAGUGUGGAGCACGUGGGUGACCAGAGUCCUUAUGUGACGUCAAUCAUCAUGCACAUUAAACAAAAUGUGCCAAUCAUCAGAGACAAUCUGGCCUCCACCCGCAAAUACUUCACACAGUUCUGCAUCAAGUUCACAAAUUCUUUCAUUCCCAAAUUCAUCAACCACCUGUUUAGAUGUAAGCCUAUCAGCAUGGUGGGAGCUGAGCAACUCCUCCUCGACACCCACUCCCUGAAGACUGUUUUGUUGGAUCUUCCCUCCAUAGGCUCCCAGGUGCUCCGCAAGGCACCCGCAAGCUACACCAAGAUAGUGGUGAAAGGAAUGACCAGAGCAGAGAUGAUACUAAAGGUGGUGAUGGCCCCACAUGAACCACCAGUGGUAUUUGUUGACAACUACAUCAAGCUCCUGGCUGAUGGCAACCCAGAGACCUUCCAGAAGAUUCUGGACAUGAAGGGUCUGAAGCGCAGUGAGCAGAGCAGCAUGCUAGAGCUGUUCAGGCAGAGGUUACCCACCCCACCUUCCGGGGCAGACGGAGGCCCCACUCUGUCCUUCAGUGCCCCCACCCCUGAGCAGGAGUCGUCCCGCAUCCGUAAACUGGAGAAACUCAUCAAGAAGAGACUGUGAACAGACACAUUGAUAAUAGAAGAGGCUGCAGGAUGAGACCUCCUGCACUCUUAACGCUCCAUUCAGUCACCAUGGAGAAUUUAAGAGAGAGCCAAAAUGGGACUGACUUUUCUGACUGACAGUGAUGUGAAUCUGAGCUGAGGCUGGAUUAUGAAGAAACUGCUACUUGUUGCUACAGCUGUCAUUUUACUUCUGUAACUUCCUCUUUUUUCUCAUGUCACUAAUGCCUGAGCUUUGUAACAUUCGUACAUUGUUACACAGACUGAAUGUAGUGCUGUUAACUGGAGUCAGCUCAGAGAGCCGCUGGCUGCCUCUCUGGUACACGUCUAAUCCCUGAUGAUCAGCAGCAGCCUGAUCAUAAUUAAAGUUGAUGUUCUCUGAAUAUAAUAUUCUUCAAGGAUAACUAUGGCUUUACUCAAUCAUUUUUAAUUUAAAGGGGGGGUACUGGGGGUUGACAUUUGUGCGCAUCUCUGCCAUUCAUUAAAGGGGACAUACGUCAUAGGUGUCGGGACUGUUUGUGUGAGCGGCGACCUAAAACAAAUCACUGAGUGUGGAACAAAGAGGAUCUUUGGAUUUCCUGCAUCUUCGUUGAGCCAUCUUUGUCUUGGCAUUUAAAAUCUCUCGUGGUUGACUUGGAAACCAUCUAACUGAAGACUUUUGGCUUGGGCCUUUGCCUGGAACGGGGGGCAAUUAAUGGGGUAUAUACUGUCUAUGUAAACAUGAAGUACACGUGUGCGGUCGCUGCUGUGUUAUUAUAGUCCAAAAAUCUUCAAUAAUUUAAUCCUCUGUCUCUUUUUGCAUUGACAUAAAAGCUUGUGUUUGUUUAAGCAGGAGUCUUAUUUAUUCUUCCAUUUGGCUGCACUGUACUUUCAGGCCAAAUUACUUAAGGUUUGGAAAAUAUUAUUUUUGUCAUAAAAGAGACAAAACAAGCUGGGUUUGUGUCUACAGUGUGCUGAGUACUCUGGGUCUCUGAAGCCUCGUGUGAUGUCACAGCCUGUGGAGGAAAAUCAAAACAUCUCUGCAGUCCGGUUUCCAUGGUCGCUGAUGUAGAUGCAAGGGCCCCUCAGUGUCUUGAACCCUCAUAUAUAUAUAUUUAUAUAUAACUCAAACUAAGGUACGAUCACAUUCCACUUGUUUUAUCAGUUGUUAAAUUGGCUCCCAGUUUGUUGAAGGAUCUUUUUUUUAUGUAUUACUUUGCAGUAGGUUCAUAAUGACCUGGCCUCAGCCUAUAUCUUUUAAUUCCCUAUUACCUCUGAGCAGCUUGUGAUCUUUGGGUGUAACUUCCUGAGUCUAGGCUGAAGGGGGGGUCAGAGUGAUUCACCUGAGGAAAUAAGACUGUCUGAGAUGGUCUCGACUAAAUGUGCACUUUCUCCACAAGGCAUAUUCCUGAAUUUCCAUAAGGUGCUGGACUAUGGUUUUUUAUCUCUAUUGGUAAAAUGAUUUAUGUGCUUCUUUCUGUAUGUUCACCAUUUGUUCUCUUGUUGUGUAGCACUGUGUGUUGAAAAGUGCUCUGUAAAUAAAGUUACUAUAAAUAAGGUC